CGUCCUAGCUGACGCCGCCGUCGGGGGAGGAUUGAUGUCCCUUCAGCAUCAUGCAGCCGCCGCCGAGGAAGGUGAAAGUUACACAAGAACUGAAAAACACUCAAGUUGAGCAGAUGACAAAACUUCAAGCCAAACAUCAAGCAGAAUGUGAUUUGCUUGAAGAUAUGAGGACAUUCAGUCAGAAGAAGGCUGCUAUUGAAAGAGAGUAUGCACAGGGUAUCCAGAAGUUGGCUAGUCAAUAUUUGAAGAGAGAUUGGCCUGGAAUAAAAACUGAUGAUCGGAAUGAUUACAGGAGCAUGUAUCCUGUUUGGAAAUCUUUUCUUGAGGGAACAAUGCAGGUAGCCCAGUCUCGGAUCAAUAUAUGUGAAAACUAUAAAAACUUCAUUUCUGAGCCUGCAAGGACAGUGAGAAGCUUAAAAGAACAACAACUAAAAAGGUGUGUGGACCAGUUGACGAAGAUCCAAACUGAAUUACAAGAGACGGUGAAAGAUUUAGCUAAAGGCAAAAAGAAGUACUUUGAGACUGAACAGAUGGCUCAUGCAGUACGGGAGAAAGCUGACAUCGAGGCAAAAUCUAAACUUAGUCUUUUUCAAUCAAGAAUCAGUUUACAGAAGGCGAGUGUAAAGUUAAAAGCCCGGCGAUCUGAAUGUAAUUCCAAAGCUACCCACGCAAGGAAUGAUUAUCUUCUUACAUUAGCAGCAGCAAAUGCACACCAGGAUCGCUACUAUCAAACAGACUUAGUUAACAUUAUGAAGGCUCUUGAUGGAAAUGUAUAUGAUCACCUGAAGGAUUAUUUAAUAGCCUUCAGCCGGACUGAGCUAGAGACAUGCCAAGCUGUGCAGAACACAUUCCAGUUUUUAUUAGAAACCUCCAGCAAGGUCGUACGGGACUAUAAUCUUCAGCUGUUUUUACAAGAGAAUGCUGUAUUUCACAAACCCCAGCCCUUCCAGUUCCAACCCUGCGACAGUGAUACUAGCCGACAAUUAGAAUCAGAAACUGGAACCACAGAGGAGCACAGUCUAAACAAGGAGGCUCGAAAAUGGGCUACACGUGUGGCACGUGAGCACAAAAACAUUGUUCACCAACAACGGGUACUAGAUGAUCUGGAAUGUCAUGGAGUUGCAGUAUCAGAACAAAGCCGAGCAGAGUUGGAACAGAAAAUAGAUGAAGCUAGAGAAAAUAUUCGUAAAGCAGAGAUAAUUAAGUUGAAAGCUGAAGCCCGGCUGGACCUGCUAAAGCAGAUCGGUGUUUCUGUGGACACGUGGCUAAAGAGUGCAAUGAAUCAAGUAAUGGAAGAACUGGAAAAUGAACGAUGGGCUCGCCUUCCUGCAGUGACCAAUAAUGGCACUUUACACUCGCUUAAUGCAGACCCCGAAAGAGAAGAAGGAGAAGAGUUUGAAGACAACAUGGAUGUUUUUGAUGAUAGCAGUUCCAGCCCUUCUGGCACCUUAAGAAAUUAUCCACUCACCUGCAAAGUUGUUUAUUCCUACAAGGCUUCUCAACCAGAUGAGUUGACCAUUGAGGAACAUGAGGUGUUAGAAGUGAUUGAAGAUGGAGAUAUGGAAGACUGGGUAAAGGCUCGAAAUAAAGUUGGCCAAGUGGGUUAUGUGCCAGAAAAGUACCUACAGUUUCCCACCUCGAACAGUCUACUGAGCAUGCUGCAGUCCUUGGCUGCUUUGGACAGUCGGUCACACACAUCCAGCAAUUCCACGGAGGCCGAGCUCGUUUCAGGCAGCCUCAACGGAGAUGCCAGUGUCUGUUUCGUGAAAGCACUUUAUGACUAUGAGGGCCAAACAGAUGAUGAGUUAUCCUUUCCUGAGGGGGCAAUCAUCCGAAUCCUGAACAAAGAAAACCAGGAUGACGAUGGCUUCUGGGAAGGGGAAUUCAGUGGGCGGAUUGGAGUCUUCCCAUCGGUGCUAGUGGAAGAACUUUCAGCCUCAGAAAAUGGUGACACUCCGUGGAUGAGAGAGAUUCAGAUCUCUCCUUCCCCCAAGCCACCAGGCUCCCUGCCUCCACUGCCGCUGUAUGACCAGCCUCCCAGCAGCCCUUACCCCAGCCCCGAUAAGAGGAGCUCCCAGUACUUCCCACGCUCUCCCUCAGCAAAUGAAAACAGCUUCCAUACCGAAUCGCUGGGAUGCUCACAGGCACCAAGGCAUACUCCUGAGACCUCAUAUGGCAAACUGCGACCCGUCCGGGCAGCUCCCCCUCCACCUACACAGAACCACCGAAGGCCAGCAGAGAAGAUUGAGGAUGUGGAAAUCACACUGGUGUGA